AGACUGAGUGUGAGCGUCUCACCAGCCAGGAUGACUGGAGGAGUUUGGACUGCAUAGGCUGCACUGUUGGGACAGAGUGUGUGUUUGUGUGUGAGUGCAUGUGGGUGUGCAUGUGUCUGGGCGGACUCCCGCUGUAAUGGUGCCCUAUGUGUGACUGUGCUGACCGCGACAGCCAUUCUGUCCACAGCAGAGACUUUCUCAGCAUGCAGAUGGUGUGAGCAGUCAGGGAAAAGUUUAUAACAGCUCGUCUGAGCCUCAGCUAACUCAAUCCAGUUAGUUCAGGAGGGAAGCAGCAGCAGCAGCAGCAGCAGCAGCAGCAGCUGAUCUGGAGAGCAACUUCAGCUCAUCUCAGUCCAGGAUUUCUGUUGAUGUUGACUGAUUACCUGUCACUGGAUUGGAUACAAUAGUUGAGCAUCACCACACGCCAGAGCUGAAGGAUUUAACAAGGCUGUUUAUUUGAAAGGUUAGAGUUGCUGUAAUGGACGACCAGUGUGUUUCCCACAGCAGUCCCCAGCGCAGUAGAGGUCAGGCCAGCACAGAGAUCCAGAGGCAGGGACGGCCGAGUGUCAUCAGGUGUGGGUGGCUCAGGAAGCAAGGAGGUUUUGUCAAGACUUGGCACAGUCGCUGGUUUGUUCUACGAGGGGACCAGCUCUACUAUUACAAAGACGAGGAGGAGACCAAAGCCCUGGGAACCAUUUUCUUGCCUGGAAACAAAGUUACAGAACAUCCAACUAGCGGCGAUGAUGGGGGAAAAUUUCUCUUUGAGGUCAUUCCAGGGGGAGACAGAGAGCGGAUGACAGCCAACCAUGAGACCUACCUUCUUAUGGCCAGCACCCAGAAUGACAUGGAGGAUUGGGUGAAGACGAUCCGCAGGGUCAUCUGGGCUCCUUUUGGUGGAGGGAUCUUUGGUCAGAAGUUGGAGGAAACUGUGCGGUUUGAACGCCGGUUUGGGAACAAGCUGGCCCCUAUGCUAGUAGAGCAGUGUGUGGAUUUCAUUCGGCAAUGGGGCCUUCGGGAGGAGGGUCUAUUCAGGCUGCCAGGACAGGCCAACCUGGUCAAAGAGCUGCAGGAUGCCUUCGACUGUGGAGAAAAACCCUCUUUUGAUUGUAACACAGAUGUGCAUACAGUAGCCUCUCUACUGAAGCUGUAUCUCAGAGAGCUGCCGGAGCCUGUCAUCCCCUUCAACAAGUAUGAUGAGUUCCUGGCCUGCGCCAAGCUCCUCAGCAAAGAUGAUGAAAUGGGUAUGAAGGAGUUAAGAAGGCUUGUGGAAUGUCUACCUCCAGUAAACUACAACCUUCUCAAGUACAUCUGCAGAUUUCUAGAUGAAGUUCAGUCAUAUUCAGGAGUGAAUAAAAUGAGUGUCCAAAACUUGGCCACAGUUUUUGGGCCAAAUAUCUUGAGGUCGAAGGUUGAGGAUCCAGUAGCUAUUAUGGAAGGUACCGUUCUGGUCCAGCAGCUAAUGGCCGUUUUGAUUGGCCGUCAUGAUGUGCUAUUCCCUCGGGAUGAGGACAGCCCCACGGCCCUCGAGCUUGUUAACAACAAUAACAUCGAACUACAACGGCGACAAGCCACCACAACUACCUCGGCCAUCACUACAGUGUCUCAGAACGCUGAGAACAACAACACGCAGGUGGUGCGGCAGUGUGUUUGGGAAACACCCGAGUCUCUUUCGCACCGCGCGCAUGUAGACAACAGUGGCUCCCCGCGAUCAGCAAGCCCUCGUAAUGGUGUCUUAGGACGCUUUGACAUCACCCGCAGUCCACCGCUGACUGUUAAAAAGAACCCGGCUUUCAGUAAAGGCAGUGGGAUCGUUACCAACGGCUCCUUCAGCUCCUCACCCUCUUCAGACCCCAGUCAAGAAAAGAGCCAGACUUUGACUGGAGGUGGGAGUUUACCAAUGCGACGUAGUGGGGCGCUCAAAAGCUCCGGCACAAAAAUGGGCACCAGUGGCGUGACGAGUGGAAGCAGCACUGGAGGGAACGGGACUGGAAUUGUGCGCAUGGGCAUUUCCAGCGCUGAUGUGGUCACAGGGGGUCUGAACAGCCGCAGUGGUCUUUGGGUACCAAAUGGCUGCGUCACGUUACGCGAGAACAACAAAAUGCGUGACUGCUCCAAUGGGGAUCAAACAUCCAAUCAAAACCGUCUGUCCACGUAUGACAAUGUCCACUUAAACCAUCAGAACCUUCAGCAGCAGAACCAGAUCACCAACACGUGUCUGAACAGCAGCUGUGAGGACAAGCAGAGCGUAGACAGCGCCACCUGGUCCACCUCCUCCUGUGAAAUUUCUCUUCCCGACAACUCCACUUCCUGUCGCUCCUCCACCACUACCUGCCCUGAGCAGGACUUCUACGGAGGUCACUAUGAAGACCUGGAUGGACCAGCACAGGAUAAUGAGCCUCCCCAGUCUGGUGGAGGAGGAGAGGGGGAGGGCAGAAACAGCAACAGAGAAGGAAGCAGAGAUGGAGCAGAGAGGAGCAGUCGGGACACCAGCAGUAGUGAUAAUAGUGACUGUUUCACUGUUGGUAAUGGACCCGGCAGUCACAGUGCUCUGCACAGUUUAGUGGCCAGUCUUAAACAGGAGAUGCACAAGCAGAAGACAGAGUAUGAGGCCAGGAUAAAGAGCUUGGAGCAGUGUAACCUGGAGCUGGAGACAGAAAUGGUGAGCCUCCAUGAAGAGCUGGACCAGGAGAGGAAGAAGUACACCAUGGCAGAGAUCAAGCUGCGCAACGCUGAGCGCGCCAAGGAUGAUGCUGAGCGGCGAAAUCAGAUGCUGCAGAAAGAGAUGGAACAGUUUUUCUCCACAUUUAGUGACCUCACUGCAACUGGCAACACUACAGCCACCGACCCCCGCCGACCAGAUCGUAACAACAGCAUCUGGAUACAGUGAAGAAAGGCGGGGGAAUGUGGGCUGAAAUGCUAGUAAAGACUGGAAAUGGUUUAUUAUAUGAUGUGAACAUUAUGAGGGCUCCAAACUGGAUUUGGCUGCUGGUUGUAGAGGGCAAGUAGGGAAGUUGCAUUACAAUGGUUAAUGGCAUGUUUUAAUUUAAGAAAUGGGAGGUGUAGGGCUAAUGCAAGCCGCCUGUAUAAAUGUAGACAUCACCUGGAGUGAUGCCAGACUAUUAUCUGUAAAUACAGCAUUAUUUAAACAACUCACAGACUGUCUCCAACCUACUCAGAAACUGUGGUGGAAAUCACUCAUCUGACUGGGAGGUCGCGUAAAGGCACAGUACACCAUCUAUGAUGAUACACAGUACUGCUAUUAUUUUACUUUAGCUCCUACCUAGAGCCAUAUACGAGGGAAGGCAAAACAUUUAAAAAUGUUGUAUUCAGUAAAAAACUAAAACAAAUACCAACCUUGGACACAUAAAGACCAUGCAAAAACCCCUCCCUAUCUUAAUUAACUUUUAAAAUCUAACAUCAACAACAACAACAUCUUAUUGUUCCAUGUAAUUCUGUAUCUGCUCAUGUACAUAGAGGGAAACAAUGCAGAAAACAGUGUCAUAUGUAUGUAAAAAUAAUUGAAAAUAAUACUUAAAUGUUUAUCUGAUAUUUAAGCAAAGUUAUCAAUGUGUGAUAUUUUAUAUUAAGAUUUUUCCUUGCACUUACAUGUUUGUUUAGUCUCAGCAAGGUGGUACUGAAUGUUUGUCGGUCAAUGUGUGUACCAUUUAAAUUGGACAAUAUAUUGUAUAUGUGCCUGUGCAUCUGUGCUGUUUCAUUUACCCCAUGACCAAAAAAAAGAGCCUGUACUGUAAAUAUUUUAUAGAUAAUUGUAGACACUACUUGUUAGUCUGCACUGUGUUUUGGCACGUGUUAAGUUGAUGCUGAUUGAAGAAUGUUUUGUAGCUUGUAAAAAUGAAAUUUAAGACUUGCACAAUGGGUCAUUGGCAAAAAUCCCAGAUAAAAUAAAAAUGUCUGUCAUGAAUUCAGAAUUUCAGGUGACAAAUUGUACUCUUCCCAUUAACAGAUGUGUAGCUGUUGUCACUCUACGAAUGCUCUUGGGAAUUGCAGUUUACAGGCUGCCUCUGAGCAUAUGAGAUGCCACUUUUAAAAAAUACUCUCCUGUAGUCUUCUGAUCAUUUAUCCACCUGACACAACUGGUUUUCAUACUAACCUAGCACAGAAUAACAAGCUGCAGCAACGAAGUACCAACACAGAGUUGUGUUUGUGGGUCAUAACUGUGAAAAAAGGGGAUUACAGCAUCAAGUGUGGUAAUAUUGAGGACAUUAACAGCCUGUUUGCUAGAUUUAGUAGCAAGUGGUGUGUGCAUGAUGAGUCCACGAGGGCCAGUGUACAAUAAGUGAAUGUCUGUAAAGUGACUGCAUAUUGAUGAAGUCUUUUAUAAGUGUAUUUAUGUAGCUUUAAACCAAAUGUGUACACCCGAUGUGGAUUUGCUAAUGUGUACAAAACAGGACACAUCUUACAGACCUGAGCUGGACAUCUGUCAAAAGAAGUUUUAUGUGUGCACAGGUCUGCCUCUAGCUACUCUCUACUCCUCCGAAGACCAGGUCCCAUUUAAACCUGCUGCUGGUCAAUGCAGGACAUCUGGAAUGUGCACAUGGAGGGGAAAAAAGUGCCUGAACAACUGAAGGAGGGAGGGGAGCCUGCGCUUCUCAUUUUGCACCCUUCACCGGGAAGUAAUAGGCUUAAGCAAAGCUGACAGUGGCACCUCGUUCUGUGAAUUCCACACAAAAGAGCAGAUUAUGGACACAGGGCGAGGGAGAGGAGGACUGGGAUAGUGGAAUAUUUUCAUGACAUGAUACUUGAUCCACAAAAUAACCGAAAAAAAAUGACAAUAUGAAUAAAAAUGCAUUUUCA